AUGUCUUCAAAAUCUAUCGAUGAGUGGAAAUCUAAGUUAGUUGGGAAAAUAUUGGUUCGUUCUAAAGAUAUUUCAACUGUGAGUGAAGUUGAUAAAGAUAAGGUCGUCCUUGAAACAGAUCUUCCUGAAGUUAAACGAAUUGUUAACAAGGGAAUGUUAGUUACUAUGGAUUGGAAGCCUGAAAGGUUGAAUGUUCAUCUCAAUGAAGACAAUAAGAUUACGAGUGUUAAUUAUGGAUAA